ACUUGGUUGCGGUGAACCUCCAUUUGAAAACCUUGAGCUACGGAUAUAUAUACCUUUGAAUCAUACAUCUUGGUCUGAAAUGUCAGCUGCAUGAGUAGGCACAUUUGAUUGCUUAUAAGAUAAAAGAACGACAGUAAGAUUAGUGGAAGACAUAGUAGUUCAGUUGCUAAAUCUUAACCUAAAGUGGAAGUCAUCUUAACAGCUAGGUAGAAGCUAGGUGAGGAUUAAAAUCUGAUUAUGAAUAGUUUAAAAUUCUUAAUAACUAAUUAUAUUAAUUAGGCAAACAGUGUAUUUCUUAUUUAAUAGUAGUUACGGAUUGAAUUUAUAAAAGCUGCUAAAGGUAAAAUCGAAACCUAUAUCUAAAAAACAUGUGUGAAUUUAACCUAAAACUAUAUUGUAGCCCUUCAGCGUACGAUAGUGCAACGAUUUAGAAGUAAGAGCAAAUAGAAAAACACUAAACGAUUUUUUUAACCCUUCGCACGGGCGUUGAUAAAUAUAUUGGGUUAAAGGAUUGGAAACCGGUCUGUCUUUUGCUCCGAAAACAUUUCGUGACAAUUUAAAAAAAUCGUUUAUUUUUGCGUUCGCGCGGUCGGGUGGUUGAACUAUACGGUACUAUGUCGAAUAAAGGUGUUGGUCAAAAAAAGAAUUGUCCUCCGGAAAUUCCCGAGGAUGCCGCAGAUGAAACGAGUUGCGUUAUCUGUGAAUCACCGGAUAACAGUCGGAUGGUGGCAUGCGAUGCAUGCAUGAAGUGGUUUCAUUUCAAGUGCGUUGGGGUAGAUGAGAGUAUCCAAAACCGGGAUUGGAGUUGCGAAAAGUGCGUAUUAUCUCAGGUCGCCGGAGGAUUUUCUACACCAGUUACGGCAGAAAGUAACUCUUCGCUAAACAACCGGCCUAGUUAUGACGGUCAGCUCCGCGACCAGUUGGAAAAGCUGCAGCGGAGAUUCGAUGAGCAGCAAAAGGCCUUUAAACGAGUGCUACGGGAAAAGGACAGAGAAAUACAAGAGGCACUUAGACAUCAGUAUAACUAUUACGGUUCGGCAGCAGCAGCUAAGGCAACGGAAGGCCAACAAUCGCAAUCAGUAAGUAAUUCUGGGCGCGAAUCAACAGGUGCCCUUCCGAAGGCAAAUUCUACAUCUGUCAGUACAGGCGGUUUGAGUAAGAGCCGGGUUGAGGAAGAGCUCAAACUUUUGGAGCAGAAACAAGCCUUGGAAAAUAAACAUUUUGAGGAGCGUCGUUCACUACUCCAGCGAUUCGGAUGCGCUGAUGCAGCAACAAGGAAUUAUUCCUCAAGAUUAAAUGCAAACGCAGUUGAGUUUGAAAUGUCUUAUGCCGACAACGAGACGGCAUAUCGAAACUCAGUGCCUGAUGGUUUUGAACCAGAACUUAGCAGAAGUCAGCUGGCGGCGCGCCAAGCGGUUCCCAAGGAUUUACCUACAUUUUCUGGCAAUCCUGAGGAAUGGCCAUUAUUCUUUGCGAGUUUCGAAAGCACUUCAAGAAUGUGUGGUUACAGCGACGAGGAAAAUUUGAUACGUCUUCAACGUAGUUUGAAGGGCAAGGCGCUCGAGUCUGUACGGAGUAGACUUCUUCAUCCGUCGAACUUGACUGGAGUUAUUGCCACUCUACGGACUCUGUUUGGUCGCCCGGAGAUAAUAGUACAUUCACUGGUUAGUAAAAUACGUGAUAUGCCGUCCCCUCGAGCAGAAAAAUUACCUACGCUGAUAGAUUUUGGUGUUGCGGUGCAAAACAUGUGUGCUACCAUCAAGGCAUGUGGUCUAGCUGAGCAUCUUUGCAAUGUUGCAUUACUUCAAGAGCUGGUGGAUCGAUUGCCGGCCGUAAUUAAACUAAACUGGGCCUUGCAUCGACAAACACUUCACUCAGUUACCUUGUCGGAUCUAGGCGAUUGGUUAGAGAAGCUAGUUGAGGCAGCUUGUGCAGUGACAAUUCCGGCGGUUAGUGGACAACAUGGAGUUCACAGAGGCGAAGGAAGGGGAAGAAAAGGUGAUAACUUUCUGAAUGUACACACCGAUGGCAAUAUAGCUUACGAUAUGCAAAAUACGCCAAUCAAAUCAAAGGAACCACAACAAGGAUCUGGCAAAUUUUGUGUAGCCUGUAAGGAAGGAUGCAGUUCUCUUGAGCGAUGCAAAAGGUUCCAUGCCAUGGAUGUCGAAUCGCGAUGGUCGUUGCUUAAAGAAUACAAGUUAUGCAGAAAAUGUUUGCGAAGACAUUUCGGGGCUUGUUCAGUCAAGACUCCAUGUGGUAAAAGUGGGUGCAAAUUCAUGCAUAAUAAGCUACUUCAUGACGAUGCAAGAUACAGCCAGUUGACUGUGAUAAAUAAUCCAGCAUCGCAUCAAGAUUUUGCAUCACAAAACUGCAACGUUCACUUGAAGGCAGUGGAAAAAAUUCUCUUUCGGUAUAUCCCUGUUAUACUUCAUGGUCGUGGUGGGGCAACAGUAAAGACGUAUGCCUUUCUGGACGAUGGAUCGUCUGCGACACUAAUGGAUCACUGUCUUCUUAAGGAGUUGAACCUAGAAGGGACACCAAACCCCCUAUGUCUUAAUUGGACAGCGGGACAACAGCGCAGUGAGAACGAGUCUGUCGAGUUACCCAUACGAAUUUCUGGUGAUCAAAGCGGAAGUAAAAUAUACGAAAUGUUAAAAGUACAUACCGUGCAUAAAUUAGCUCUUCCAUUCCAAUCUAUUUCAAUGAAUCAGUUGUCUGCUCGAUAUCCACACCUUGAGGGAGUUCCAUUCAAGUCUCAUGAAGCUAUUUCACCACAAAUAUUAAUCGGAAUUGAUAAUUGUCGUUUGGGUCACAUAUUGAGCAGUAAAGAAGGUGAAGUAAAUCAUCCAGUAGCAGCGAAAACUCGUCUAGGAUGGUUGGUUUAUGGGCCAUGUGGAACAGCACCGAAAGGUUCAACUUCGGAUAUCGCUCAUCAUAGCUUUCACAUGUGCCCAUGCAACAAGGAACGGGAAAAUAACCUGAAUAAUGCCCUAAAAGAAUACUUUUCUCUAGACAGUCUCGGUAUUUCUAAAACAGCCAAGCCAUUACUUUCACGAGAUGAAGAACGAGCAAGAUAUCUCCUUACUACGCAAACGCGUCUAGUUGGAAAACGUUACGAGACGGGCCUCUUAUGGCGGUUUGAUAACAUACGAUUACCGGAUAGCAAAGGAAUGGCUCUGCAACGACUAAGAUGUCUAGAGACACGGAUGCAUCGUGAUAAGAAGUUAGCUGAAAUAUUGAAAGCGAAGGUCAGACACUACGAGGAUAUUGGAUACAUCAGAAAAUUAACUUCGUACGAGGUAGCAGAGAAACACCCACGAGCCUGGUAUCUUCCCAUUUUUCCAGUUGUCAAUCCAAACAAACCAGGCAAGGUUCGGAUAGUCUGGGAUGCAGCGGCAUCGGUCAGUGGAGUCUCGUUGAAUUCGUUUUUGCUGUCAGGUCCCGAUCAAUUGACAUCGCUUAUAUCGGUGCUAUACAAGUUUCGCGAGUUUCGAGUAGCUAUAACGGGUGACAUCCGCGAGAUGUUUCACCAAGUACUAGUGAACGAGACAGAUCAACAUAGCCAGCGAUUCUUGUGGAGAGAUGGUGAUACAGAUCGCGAGCCGGAGGUUUUUCAAAUGAAAGUCAUGACCUUUGGGGCGACUUGUUCCCCUAGUAUAGCACAAUACGUGAAAAAUCACAACGCGGAAAGAUUUCGACAUCAGUAUCCUCGAGCUGUUGAAGCCAUACAUAAGGAACAUUACGUCGACGAUAUGUUGUCGAGCGUAGAGACCGAAGACGAGGCGGCGCGCCUGGCUCUUGAUGUUUGCUACAUACAUUCGCAAGGCGGAUUCGAAAUUCGUAACUGGUUAUCGAAUUCUAGAAAGGUACUCGAUAAAUUACGUGUCGGUGUGACGGAUGAGAAGAAUAUGGAUCUAUAUUCUGUGAUCGCGACGGAGAAGGUUCUUGGAUUAUGGUGGUGUACCGCUACUGACAAAUUUACAUUCAGGCUAUCACCAAAGCACAAUAAAGAAAUAAUUUUCUCUAACAAAACUCCAACCAAGCGCGAGGUUCUAAGGACUCUAAUGACAAUAUAUGAUCCACUGGGUCUAAUUGGGAACUUUUUGAUGUACUUGAAGGUUCUCCUACAAGAAAUAUGGAGAUCAGGUGUGGGCUGGGACGAUGAAAUUCCGACAAAAUUGGAUGAAAAGUGGAAAGUUUGGCUAUGUGUACUUCCUUCGGUUGAGCAAGUCCAGAUUCCCAGGUGUUACCGUCAAGUCACAGCCAUAGACAAAAACUACGUAACUCAGCUUCAUAUUUUUGUCGAUGCCAGUGAAAGUGGCAUGGCAGCAGUGGUAUACGUGAGGUUUGAACAGAACAGUCAAAUUGAAUGUGCGUUAGUUGGUUCGAAGACACGCGUAGCUCCAUUGAGGUAUCUAUCAAUACCGCGUAUGGAAUUGCAAGCAGCUGUAAUUGGAGUUCGCCUAGCUGAUACUAUCGCCAAGUCUCAUCGACUAACCAUAUCGGAACGAUUCUUUUGGACGGAUUCACGCGAUGUGAUAUGUUGGUUACAGUCUGAACAUCGACGUUAUAGUCAGUUUGUGGCCUGUAGAGUCAGCGAAAUUCUUGAGAGUUCGACCAUGAGUGAGUGGAGGUGGAUUUCAACAAAACUGAACGUGGCCGACGAGGGAACUAAGUGGCAGAAGGUGCCAGAUCUGAAACCGACGAGUAGAUGGUUCCGUGGAGUAGAAUUUCUAUGGAUGCCCAUGAGCGUUUGGCCACCUAGCGUGCACUCAGGAAGCACAACAGAAGAGCUUCGUUCCAAUAUAUUACAUCACACUAUUCAAGAGCCUGUAGUUUGUGUAGAGAGGUUCUCUAAAUGGAAAAGGUUACUUAGAACUGUAGCCUACGUCAAACGUUUUGUGUCUAUUUUACGCUGCAAGGUAGAAGGAAUGGCUAAACAAACGGGACCAUUAACUCAUGAAGAACUGAUUGCAGCAGAAUGGUUUAUCUAUAGCUUAGUUCAACGGCAGGUAUAUCCGGAAGAAGUAAGAAUACUGGCAGAUAUCAAAUCGGAUACGCAAAAUUGUAAGCGUUUACUUCCGAAGUCUAGUUUCCUGUACACACUUUGUCCAGUUGCAGAUGAUCGCGGCGUUCUGCGUGUGAAUGGACGAAUCAACGCUAUUAAGUUCGUGGGUGAUUUAACUAAGCGUCCGAUAUUGCUGCCGGAGAAGAACCGUAUUACCGAUCUCAUCAUUGGGGAUUACCAUUCGAAAAGUACCACAUUCCGAAGCUUCGUGCUGUGUAUAACCGUGUACGCAAAAUGUGUCAACUGUGCAAAAUUCGUCGAGCGUGUCCUGUGCCUCCUCAAAUGGGAGAACUCCCAGAAGCCCGUUUAG